AUGGUGGUACCAAACAACAGUUCUUCUCCUACAGUGCAAGUAACAUCCGACGAAAGUGUGGAUAUUCUUUUGGCUCCUCCGAUUUCAACCAAAUUGGUCGAUAUAGCACAAGAUAUCAGGGGAAGGCCUGUAGAUUAUGCCAAAUACAAAAUACAGCAAACGAUUGGCGAGUAUACGGUGACUAGCGAUCGAGAUUUGGUGCCAGCCCAAGCGAAAUAUCUCUAUAAUGAAGAAGCCUUGGAUCGUGGAAUAUAUGACGUGUCAUAUGAUCUCUAUCAAGGAUUUGACGCUUAUAUAGAGAAGGAGAAAGACAAAUAUGAAAGGAGACAGCUGGAAGAAAAUAGUAAGGCCGAUGAAAGACUUGAUAAUUUCUGGAAAUGGAUUAUCAUGCAAGCACCUAAGGGUAGCUCUGUGAAAGAGGUGCUGCACGAUGCUGACAUUGUAUGCUGUCGUGGGUUAUUACAACGAAUAGCGCGCGCUGCGUAUGUCUGGAGUAAUGCUUGGGAAUUUUCUGCAAUUCGUUUCAACAACGUGGUUUUUCUUUGUGAACAAGAACGUUAUACAAGCUGGCAUACCGAAUCAAGAGAUCUGCUGCCGCACUGGUAUCGUGGUCUCAAAUUUGAGCAGUAUAUGACAGUGAAUAAAUUGAAUGAAGAGCCGAGAACAGAUGAGCCUAUCACAUGUGAAGAGCACGUAGUAGUGUUCCGCUCGACGCUGGGAUCCGAAUGUGGGAACCCCUUGAGGCUAGUCUCAACGGAAGUAUUGAUGCAUUUAAAGCAGGUGCGAGUUGUUACUUCCAGAGCUCGACACAGGUGA